AUGUGGGAGAAAUCAAGAAACAAUUCCAUUUCUGUUGGGGAUCCAACUGAAAACCGUAAAAGAAAACAUGAUUCAACCGAACCAUUAAACCAAACCGAAGUACAAAAACGACCAAAGCGUGACGUGAGACGUCCCUCUUCAUUGCAUGAUUUUUACGUAGAGCCUUCCCGAAAACUAACCCGUAAACGCAAACCCCCUAAAAUUAGAAAAAGUGGAGUUUGCAAGAUCAAUGCAAGUGGUAAUAACUUCAAUGAAGAUAUAUGCGACGUAUGUGGUGGUGGUGAUGGUGAACUAGUUGGUUGCCAUGGUUGCGCUGCAAGAUUCCAUUUGAGUUGCCUUCAAAUCCAAAAUUUACCUUCCGAACUAUGGUACUGUAUCUACUGUUCUUGCAAAUUUUGUGGAGAUGGGGCACACAUUUGCUGGAAUUGUGAUUGGAUAUUGUCAUGUUCCUUAUGUGACGACAGAUUCCAUAAAACGUGCGGAGACAGGAACGGUGCAAAAAUAGAGUCUGAUGAUCUAGCUUUAUGUGGAAAGACAUGUCAUGAGAUUUAUGAGGCUCUUCAGGCCAUACUUGGAGUAAAAAUUGAAGUCGGUGAAGGAUUUUCCGUCAGACUUCUCAAGCACGUUGAUGCGAGCGAGGAUCUUGAAACUGAUGCCAUAAAGAUCAAAUGCAAUAGCAAACUGGCUGUUGCACUUUCGGUUAUGAAGGAAUGUUUCCUUCCGGUUAUUGACCGCAGAACUAGAGUUGACAUGAUCCCUAAUUUGGUAUACAACUGCGGGUCAAACUACAAACCACUGAAUCAUGGUGGUUUCUUCACUGCAGUCAUGGAGAAGGAUGAUGAAGUGAUAUCCGUAGCAUCGAUAAGGGUUCAUGGGAAGAAGCUUGCAGAAAUGCCUUUUAUCGGCACACGUAAAAUCUAUAGGCGGCAAGGAAUGUGUCGCCGCCUACUAAAUUGGGUUCAAUACGAACUUAUAUGCUUCAGAAACAUAUUCCCCCAAAACCAGUCCACCAAUAGGAAGCUUGGAAGAGUUACAGGAAAGCUUUGUAAAGCUGUACAAGUUACUUUAUUUCAAGUGGAGACUACACAAUCCAUUCAUGACGGUAAAUAACUGUAUUUUUAUAGAUUUUACCGGUUAUAAAUGAAUCUUUUUAUAAGUUUGAC